CCUUUUAUGUCUUCUUCUAUAAUUACCAACUGAGGUACUGAAAGUUAGAUAGGAUCGGAUGGGUAGCAUGACGAGUAAGAAACCAUGGCUCUUACUUGCUCUGCUUCUAAUCAUGUCUUAUUACAGAGCUUGCUUCUCCAUAGCUGCUGAUACCCUUUCACCAGGUCACUCUCUUUCUCAUUCAAAGAGAGAGACCAUAGUAUCUAAAGGUGGCACUUUUGAGCUGGGUUUCUUCAAACCAGGCACUUCAUCAAAAAUCUACCUGGGCAUAUGGUAUAAAAGGUUUCAUGAGGAAAUUGUUUGGGUAGCAAAUAGAGAAAACCCUUUGUCUUACCCAUCUUCCUCAACACUUUACCUCUCAGAAAAUGGCAAUCUACUCCUUUUUGAAGGUUCCUCCAAGAUCCCAGUUUGGUCAACAAAUUUGACAUUUCCCGGCUCAAAUAUAACUGAAGCAGUCCUUGGUGAUGAUGGAAAUUUUGUUUUGAGAGGUAGAUCGAACACGUCUUGUAUAUUUUGGGAGAGUUUCGACCAUCCAACCGAUACAUGGCUGCCAGGUGCAAAGCUUGGGAUCGAUAAGGUUACUGGAAAACCACAGCAGCUCAUUUCAUGGAAAAAUUCACAAGAUCCCUCACCUGGUGUGUUCUCGCAUGGGUUAGACCCAAAUGGAAGCAAUCAAUUUUUCUCACAGUGGAACAGAUCCCAAGUCUAUUGGGGUUCUGGACUUUUAAAUGUAACAUCUCUCAGCUCGGCUUCUAAAACGAGCCUUAUCUUCAACUACACUUUUGUGUCAAGUGAGAGAUAUUUUAUUUUCUAUCUUCUUAAACCUUCUACCCUUGCUAGAUUACGACUUGACCAAACAGGACAGAUUAGGACGCUGGUGUGGCUGUCUGGCGUUUCCAUUUGGAGUAUAUAUUGGUCUGGACCAACGAACCUAUCUGAUGUCUACGCUUUGUGUGGUGCAUUUGGCGUGCUACAAUACCCUGACAAUUUCUCAAACCCUUGUGAGUGUCUAAAAGGUUUCAAACCAUUUUCGAUGGAAGACACCAGACUAAAUGAUUGGUCAGGCGGCUGUGUGAGGAAAUCUCCUUUGCAAUGUCAGAAUAAUACGCAUGCUAAUAGCAAAAAAGAUUGGUUCAUGAAGAUACCAAACAUGCGAUUGCCUGUUUAUUCGAAAGCAUAUUUGGCCUUGAAUGCUAGCAGAUGUGAAUUGGCUUGCACGGAAAAUUGUUUUUGCACAGCUUACGCUUAUAAUAUGAGUGGGUGUAUGAUAUGGGAAGGAGAUCUCUUGAACUUACGUCAACUCUCACAUGGUGGCAAGAUUGGACAAGAUAUUUAUCUCAGACUUGCUGCUGCUGAGUAUCAAAAUACCAUAGGCAAAAAAUGCAGGGUAUGGGUAGUUGUGUUGGUUCCAGCAACAGGGCUUCUCUUAUGCCUCUUCAUUUGUUUUUCAUGCAAAGGAAAACUCAAACACAUAGGAAAGAAGGCUUCAAGCAGUAAUCUACUAUUAUUUGAUUUCGAUACUGAACUCCAUGCAAUCAAUGAUGGAAUGAACACCAACAAUAAUCUGAAUAAACGAGAGCAAGAUACUGAGUUACCACUAUUCAGUUAUAAGAGUGUAUCAGCUGCAACCAAUAAUUUCUUAGCUGUGAAUAAGCUUGGAGAAGGAGGCUAUGGACCUGUUUACAAGGGGAAAUUACUCAAAGGAAAGGAAAUUGCAGUGAAGAUGCUAUCAAAAAUAUCUGGACAGGGAAUUGAAGAGUUCAGAAAUGAGACAAUACUAAUUGCAAAACUCCAGCACAGAAAUCUUGUCAGACUCUUAGGUUGUUGUAUCGAGCGAGAAGAAAAGAUAUUAAUAUAUGAGUACAUGCCCAAUAAAAGUUUGGACUUCUACCUUUUCGAUCCAACCAAGAAACUGAUGUUAGGUUGGGAGACACGCAUACGCAUUAUUGAAGGGAUUGCUCAAGGGCUUCUUUAUCUUCAUCAAUAUUCAAGGUUACGAAUUAUACAUAGAGAUCUAAAACCAAGUAACAUUCUCUUAGAUAGUGAAAUGAAUCCAAAAAUAUCAGAUUUUGGCAUAGCUCGAAUAGUUGGAGGCAAUGAAACACAGGCAAACACAAACCGAAUUGUUGGAACUUAUGGAUACAUGUCUCCCGAAUAUGCUAUACAAGGUUUAUACUCGAUAAAGUCCGAUGUUUUUAGUUUUGGAGUAUUACUACUGGAGAUUAUAAGUGGCAAAAAGAAUAUUGGUUUCUAUAACCAUAGUUCACUUAGUCUUCUUAUAUAUGCUUGGGAGUUGUGGAGAGAUGAUCGAAGUUUGGAGUUGAUCGAUCCAACAAUAGAGUAUCCUUCUUCUAGUUCUAUUAUGUUGAGAUUCAUUAACAUCGGCCUUCUUUGUGUCCAAGAAAGCCCAACUGAUCGACCUACCAUGCUUGAUGUAGUCUUAAUGAUUAGCAAUGAGCAUGCACUUCUACCUACCCCUAAGCAACCAUCGUUUACCUCAUUCCAAAAUAUGAUGGACACAAAUUCAACAUUUGACAAUGUAGAAAAUUACUCAAAGAAUAGCGUAACUAUUUCAACAAUGGAAGCCCGAUGCAAAAAAUUGAGGGUAUGGGUAGUUGUGUUGGUUCCAGCAACAGGGCUUCUCUUAUGCCUCUUCAUUUGUUUUUCAUGCAAAGGAAAACUCAAACACAUAGGAGAGAAGGCUUCAAGCAGUAAUCUACUAUUAUUUGAUUUCGAUAUUGAACUCCAUGCAAUCAAUGAUGGAAUGAACACCAACAAUAAUCUGAAUAAACGAGAGCAAGAUACUGAGUUACCACUAUUCAGUUAUAAAAGUGUAUCAGCUGCAACCAAUAAUUUCUUAGCUGUGAAUAAGCUUGGAGAAGGAGGCUAUGGACCUGUUUACAAGGGGAAAUUACUCAAAGGAAAGGAAAUUGCAGUGAAGAUGCUAUCAAAAAUAUCUGGACAGGGAAUUGAAGAGUUCAGAAAUGAGACAAUACUAAUUGCAAAACUCCAGCACAGAAAUCUUGUCAGACUCUUAGGUUGUUGUAUCGAGCGAGAAGAAAAGAUAUUAAUAUAUGAGUACAUGCCCAAUAAAAGUUUGGAUUUCUACCUUUUCGAUCCAACCAAGAAACUGAUGUUAGGUUGGGAGACACGCAUACGCAUUAUUGAAGGGGUUGCUCAAGGGCUUCUUUAUCUUCAUCAAUAUUCAAGGUUACGAAUUAUACAUAGAGAUCUAAAACCAAGUAACAUUCUCUUGGAUAGUGAAAUGAAUCCAAAAAUAUCAGAUUUUGGCAUAGCUCGAAUAGUUGGAGGCAAUGAAACACAGGCAAACACAAACCGAAUUGUUGGAACUUAUGGAUACAUGUCUCCCGAAUAUGCUCUACAAGGUUUAUACUCGAUAAAGUCCGAUGUUUAUAGUUUUGGAGUAUUACUACUGGAGAUUAUAAGUGGCAAAAAGAAUAUUGGUUUCUAUAACCAUAGUUCACUUAGUCUUCUUAUAUAUGCUUGGGAGUUGUGGAGAGAUGAUCGAAGUUUGGAGUUGAUCGAUCCAACAAUAGAGUAUCCUUCUUCUAGUUCUAUUAUGUUGAGAUUCAUUAACAUCGGCCUUCUUUGUGUCCAAGAAAGCCCAACUGAUCGACCUACCAUGCUUGAUGUAGUCUUAAUGAUUAGCAAUGAGCAUGCACUUCUACCUACCCCUAAGCAACCAUCGUUUACCUCAUUCCAAAAUAUGAUGGACACAAAUUCAACAUUUGACAAUGUAGAAAAUUACUCAAAGAAUAGCGUAACUAUUUCAACAAUGGAAGCCCGAUGACUGAUUCCUAUACCAAAUAAAAUAAAUGUUGUAGAACCAACCUUUUUGUAUAAUUUGUAUGCAUAUUGAUAUACUACAUACUUGUC